UGAAAAGGGGAAGCGAGACCGCCCGCCACAUGCCUCCUCGCCUCCUCCUCCUCCUCCUUCCUCGCGGCGGCCUCCUGCCCCCUCUCCGCCGCCGUUCACCGGCGCUUUCUCCUCUUCUCCGGAGAAUCCCCUUGACUAAGCACCCCGGCGCCUUCUUCCUCUCCCCCGUACGCGCCUUCUCCGGGCACUCCGGCAUGGCGGCGGGUUCGCCGGAGCAGCUGCAGCGGAGCGUGGUGGUGAGGGAGACCGUGGAGCUCACGGAGAAGGAGGAGCAGAUCUUCCGACGGCUUCUCGAGGUCGUCCGCCACUUCGGCCUCGGCACGCAGCUCCGCGUCGCCGGUGGCUGGGUCCGGGACAAGCUACUAGGGAAAGACUCCGCUGACAUUGACAUUGCCCUUGAUAAUAUGACGGGCCAGAAUUUCUGCGAGAAAGUAAAUGAGUACUUAGAGUUGAUAGGGGAGGAGCAGAAAGGAAUUGGUGUUAUCCAGUGCAACCCUGAUCAAUCCAAGCACUUGGAAACUGCUAGGAUGCUUAUACUUGACAUAUGGAUUGAUUUUGUUAACUUGAGAUCUGAAAAGUAUGCUGAAAACAGUCGUAUUCCUACCAUGGAGGUUGGUACUGCCGAAGAAGAUGCAUACCGCAGGGACUUAACGAUUAAUAGCUUGUUCUUUAAUAUCAACAAUAACUCAGUGGAAGAUUUAACUGGAAGAGGUAUUGAGGAUCUCAAAGAGGGCCUUAUUGUUACUCCUUUACCUGCCAAAGCUACCUUCCUUGAUGACCCACUUAGAGUUCUUCGAGCGAUAAGAUUUGCUGCUAGAUUCAACUUUACAUUAGCUGAAGAUUUGAAGGAAGCCGCAUCUGAUGAAAAAGUGAAGUCAGAACUUGGCACAAAGAUUAGCAGAGAACGUAUUGGUCAUGAGAUUGAUCUCAUGAUGUCAGACAAACACCCUGUUAAAGCAAUGUGUGACAUCCGUGAUUUGGGGCUAUUUUACGUUGUCUUUUCUUUCCCGGUGAACUCCAACCCUCCAGUUUUUGACAAAUGUGAUGGGCAGUGUGUUUCGCAUAUUGAAGCAGCUUGGAAUCUUGCAUCUUCUAUUGGCAGCUCUGUGUUCAGCAAUGGUUCUGACACCAAGUUGCAGGAUGAGCAGCGAAGGCUUUGCCUGUAUAGUGCAUUAUUCAUUCCCCUACGAAAUAUGUUCUACUUGGACAAAAGAUCUAAGAAGGUUCCUGUUUGUAGCUAUAUUAUUAAAGAGUCACUAAAGUUGAAAGCUAGCGAUGCUGAAGCGGUUGUCAACAUACAUGCUGCUAGUGAAAAGUUUGCUGAGUUAAUUCUUCUCCUUGAGUCAAAUGAUGAUGUGGGAACUCUCAAAGAGAAGUUGGAAGAUGAAUAUCUUGAGAUACCUACAGACAGUUUGAAGCGUGUUUUUGCAGGACUGAUACUCCGAGAAAUAAAGGACUUUUGGCGGGUGGCACUGCUUAUAUCCAUUCUGUCCAACCCAGAAGCUGGAAAUGCUGCUGACAACCGCAACAAGCAGGAUGAGCUGCAUCUGAGGAAAGAGAAAUACAUCAGAGUUGAGCGUGCCAUAACUGACCUAGAUCUCGAUGGGGUGUGGAAGUUGAAGCCGGUACUUGACGGCAAAUCCAUUAUGGGAGUUUUGCAGGUCAAGUCAGGCGGUCCACUGAUAGGAAAAUGGCAACAACGUGCAUUGAAGUGGCAGCUUGCGCAUCCGAACGGAACCAUGGAUGAGUGCAUCGAGUGGAUGAAGCAGUCACAGCAAUCGAAACGCCAGAAAGUAGAAACGGACGCCUGAUAGUCGAUGGCAUUUUGAGCAUAGGCCGUAGGCAGUAUUCAGAUAGGUAACAAGCUGCAGCUGCGUCACUUUAGCCGCCGCCUGGAUGGAUUUGGCGUCUUCGUAGGAUAACAAGGUGGAUUUUAUGACUAGUUCGCACAAUGAGUUGUCGAUUAUUUUUGUGAAGUCCAUCCUGUGGACCGGGCCGCCCCGGGUGGGCCAUAAUGGUUGGUCAUGCCGGACCAUUUGGCUAUUAGAGGCAAGUUGAGACAUUAUUAGUUUCUGGAAAUAUGCCGUACACAAGGUAAAAAAAAUUGAUAGCAGGUAGAGCUUCUCCAGCA